UCUCCACCCAAAAGAAAAAGAAAAAAAAAACACUUUCUCUUUGUCGUCUUUCUUAUUACCCCAAAUUCCCAAAUCCCUCGUUCUAGGGUUUAGAUUUAUAGCGCUGUCAUUGAAAUUGAGCUUUGAGCAAAAGGAUUCAUCGAUUGCAGAUGGCCGGUACUGGGAUUCACCCAUACCACCAACAAUGGCCUCCAGCUCCAGGCCCUCCGCCUGCUUCUGCUGCAGCUGCGCCACAUCACCACCCUCCCUCAAUGCCUAUCGACGAGGUACGGACAAUAUUCAUCUCUGGGCUACCGCAGGACGUAAAGGAGAGAGAAUUGGUCAACCUUAUGAGGUGGUUACCAGGUUAUGAAGCAUCUCAGGUCAAUUUCAAAGGCGAAGUUCCCAUGGGGUUUGCCCUAUUCUCUAACCAUCAAUUCGCUAUCGGUGCCAAGGACGCCCUUCAGGGUUUGUGUUUUGACACGGAGGCCAAAUGUAUUCUGCACACGGAGAUGGCAAAGAAGAAUCUCUUUGUCAAAAGAGGGAUUGUAGUUGAUUCAAAUGCACAUGACCAGAGUAAACGUUUGCGUACUGGGGGUGAUUACACACACUCUGGUUAUUCAAGUCCCUCUCCUUUCCACCCCCCUCCCCCUGCACCUGUCUGGGGACCACAUGGGUAUCUCGCUCAAGCUCCUCCACCAUACGAUCCAUAUGGAGGCUACCCUGUUCCUCACAUGCCAAUGCCUGCACCUGCUCCUGUGCCAGCACCAAGCAGUUAUGUGCCAAUCCAGAAUACUAAAGAUAACCCUCCUUGCAAUACCCUAUUUAUUGGCAAUCUUGGAGAGAAUAUAAACGAGGAAGAGCUGAGAGGCCUUUUCAGCGCACAACCUGGUUUUAAACAGAUGAAGGUUUUGAGACAGGAAAGACAUACGGUGUGUUUCAUUGAAUUUGAAGAUGUGAAUAGUGCCACCAAUGUCCAUCACAGUUUGCAGGGUGCUGUCAUACCGAGCUCUGGUUCAGUUGGCAUGCGAAUUCAAUAUUCAAAGAAUCCAUUUGGGAAAAGGAAGGAUGGCCACCCAGCUGCUGCCCCUAAUGCAAAUGGAGCUCCUCCGCCUCUUACCUACCAGUAGCUGCAGGGGAUGUAUUCUGUUCUCUAUGCUCUGCCAAAUACAAACACAUCAUGCAGCUGUUGCAUGCAUCCUUGCUAUCAUCAAGUCAUGAGCAUUAGCAUCUUGACAUGAACAUCUUUUUGGAUCAUAUCAUAGUUUAUCCAAGACAUGCAUUUGAAGCACGGUCAUCUCAAAAUUUGUCAGCUUAUUCAGGGUUCACAUUUUAUGACAUGUCAUAGGAAGGAUGCAUUUAAUUUCUGGUGUUAAAUCUUGUUGGUCUAUUAUGUCACAUGCUAUACUACAUUUUGAGAAUUGCUUUGCGGAAUAUAUUUUAGUGCUAAGAUAUGUUUUUAACCCUCAAGUCUAACUUCUUUAGCACCUUAUCAUCAUACUAUGUGUGGAAUAAAAUAAAAUGUGCAUCAUAAAGUGAGAUCAUAAUGCGGUUAGCAUGCAUCUCAACUCUCUCUGGUUAGGGUUGUCAGUCACUCCAUUAACCUCAUAAUGCAAACUGAUGAUAACACUAUAACAUCCAUGUUUCAGAUCCUAGACGACUGGAUUGUCUGGAAAUAGCAUUGUGCUUGUGUUAUGCAGGUAAUUGUGCAAAAAGACGGGGCUUCCUUUUAUUUGGGGAUGUCCAAUUGCUGGAGUUGCUUUGUCCAGGUAUUUUGUUCCGCUUGCAGAAUGUGCACAUCAUGUUAUAGAUGUUGAUGCGGCACCCCGCGAGAAGCUGGUUCUUUUUUGUUUCAGGCUGGUGUGGUAGCUUUGAGCUUUCUUGCCUGUUUCCUUUUAGGUUUUUCAGCCAACUCUAAUUGCAAACAAAAGUUUGAUUCGUGGAAAUUUUUUACAUAGUUGACUGGUUGGAUAUAUGAUCUGUAACAAUUAGAGUUGAGUGACUUUGGAAAGAAAUAGUUAAAGGAUUUUGUAGGAAUUAGGAAAUCCAAAUCAGCCAGUAUUUCUACUUUUAAAGGCGCUGACCGAAUAGCUUUAUUUCA